UCUUAAGCAACAGAAGAGCUGCUAAGUGUUUUCUUAAGCAACAGAAAAACUGCUAAGUGUUUUCAUCAUUAAACUGUAGAAUAUCGAAGCUUUCAUUAGCGUCAAAGUGAAAUAUAAGCUUAAAUUGCAAGUGAGAUCACCCUUUUAUCUUGAGAUUCGAGUUAAGUUGUCUAGACGAGAGUUCGCUUCCACCCACGUCUCCGAAGCUUUUCGAAUGCGAUAAGAUACAGUCUUGUGAUUCCAUUAUGGAGAUCAAGUGUUGCGGGCUGUGAUGCGCAGUGAUAGUGACUGCGAUGUGACUGAUGGGUAAGACUGACGCGGCGCAGGACAACCUGGCAACCUCCGUCUUUAUCAAGUCUUUGCGACACCACGAGCCUCGCCCCGUCUGUCCUGCCGCCCCUCGGCACGCCAUCAUGUGCGAGUGUCACAGGCGCUAUCGUUCCUCUUCCUCUACUAGCACCCCUAAUCUCACCUCCUCUUCCUCUUCCAAACCCAUCCCUAAUCUCGCCUCCAAGCCCACCACUAAUCUCGGGUCCUCAAAGCCCACCACUAAUCUCGCGUCCUCAAAGCCCAUACCCAAUCAAAUGUCCUCUAAGCCUACCUCCAAUUUCGUCUCCUCCAAGCCUAAUGUCACUUCCAAACCCAUCCCUAAUUACACGACUAAGCCCACCUCCAAUCUUCCCUCUAAACCCACAUCCAAUCCCGCUUCCUCCAAGCCCAACGCCAAUAUCUCCGCAUCAAAAAACACCUCGAAUCCCGCUUUCUCCAAACCUACUCCCAAUCCCACUUCCUCCAAGCCUACUGCUAAUCUCGCCUACUCCAAACCCAUCUUAAAUGGCAACAACAACAACAAUAACAACUCCAACAGACAGGCUCUCAAGGAGAAGUUCUUGGCCAAUGAGAAGCACGGCAAGAACUUCAGCUUGUCCUCCAGCAGGUACAAGAACUACAAGGGCUCACCUAAGUGGAAAGUGGACGGACGGAGGAAAUCAACGUCGACGGAGUCGGUAGCCUCGUCCAGAUCCGAGAAGUCAGAUAAAGAGAAGGAGAGUGAGCAGGAGGUGGACCAGGUACGUAACGCCGAGGACCCCGGGUCACCAGAGGAACCUCGACCCUCCAGCAGCACCAGCGGGUCUCCCGGCGCCUCCCUGGGCCCCACCUCCCCUCCACCACACCCUCAGGUACGUAACGCCGAGGACCCCGGGUCACCAGAGGAACCUCGACCCUCCAGCAGCACCAGCGGGUCUCCCGGCGCCUCCCUGGGCCCCACCUCCCCUCCACCACACCCUCAGAUGUCGGGCGAGUCGGGAGAGGGAGGCCCGGGCGGCGGUGGUGGCGGCGGCGAGGUAAUGGACUUCCAAAACCGCAUCAAAAGAUUUCAGAAAGAUCAACAAUUCAACCAACAGCAGCAGCUCAUGAGCAGCCGGAGCAGCAGCAGCAGCAGCAGUAGUCAGCUAAAGAGAUCGCAGCACACCUCACACUCGCAUUCUUCUUCAAACUUAAGUGAAGUAAAGUCCUCCAGUAACUUAAGUGAACUCAAGUCCUCCUCUAGCAUCAGCAAGUCUAACCUUAACGAACUCAAGUCAUCUAUGUCUGAAGUCAAGUCUAAUAUCAGCGAGAUGGCAUCACAAAGCAAUAGUGUUAACUACAAUAGGUCAAUGUCUUUGGCCAGCAACGCAGCUAUGCAGCAGGGUACAUCCUCGGCCGCACUCCAGUCAGGCUUUAACAAGCGUAAAGCCUCAGGCUUUAAUAUGGGUUCUAUGGAUGCCCUCAAUGAUGCCCUCCAGAUGGGAUCAACAGAGCAGCUGGCACUGGAGGAUGAUUUUGACCUACCGAACCUGAAUGUUCAGCAGGAUCAGCUCAGUUCCUCGCCUCUCACCUCAGGGUCGACCAAUGGCAGUAAUCCCAAAGAACUAAAGUUCGAGCAGAAGAAGGUGACAUCUUCCUCGAAAACAAAGGUUGUGACAGACAAAAACAGUUAUGAAUCUGCCUCAGGACAGUCAUCAGAGUCUAGAAAGCUGCAGGCAGGGGAUGUAUCAUAUGCAGAACAAUCAACAAAGGCGGCUACCAAAGCAAAAAUAGAAGUUGAUGGCAUUACAGCAGAGAAGGCUGCAGCUAUCUCACAAGAGGCGCGGCAGCUGCGUGCAGGCGAGGUGGCCCACCGUGAGGGCUCACAGGUGAAGGGCGCCACCAUGAGGGUGGCGGGUGAAGGGUUCUCUGCUCACAAGUCGGCCAUCAGUGAGCAGCAGCAACGCCAUACAAAAACUCCGGCAGGCACCAUCAACCAGGAGUCAUCCCGACAGGCAGCAAAGUCAGGCCUCAUCAUAAAGACAAAAGGAGUGUGUACCAAGCAGUCUUCCUCCAUGACUGCAUCACAGAGCAAUGUGCACAUCACUGGCUUCGAGGAUUUAGACAACCUUAGUGCUUCAUCUCAACCAGUAGACAUUCAGAAUGCUAUUAUGCGUUAUUCUGGUGUGAUGUCAUCUUUCGUUGAUCAGCUAAAAUCUUUAACAGUCAACGAAUGUCUUAAAGAUGCUCCCUCUCUCCUUGAAAAUAUUGAUGACAUGAUGAGAAAAGCCUGGUCGGUGCCCAUUUAUGGCCAUGAACUGGGAUUUUCCUUGUGUAAUGUUUUGAGAAAUAAUGGUGGUAUGGACAUUCUGCUUGACAACUGUAGGUCUGAUGACUCUAAUGUUAAGUUUUCGAGUGCCAAAGUGUUAGAACAAUGCCUUACAACAGAAAAUAGAGGAUAUGUAGUUGAGAAGGGCCUAGAAAAUGUAGUAAAUGUUGCUUGUGAUUGCACAAAGAAUGGCACUUCAGUGGACAAAUCUCGUGUGGGAACAGGCAUACUAGAGCAUCUAUUUAAGCAUAGUGAAGGAACAUGCUCAGAUAUUAUACAGUUAGGUGGUCUAGAUGCUGUGCUAUCAGAAUGUAGAAAAUCUGAUGUUGAAACUUUGAGACAUUGUGCUGGAGCUUUAGCAAACUUGUCUCUCUAUGGUGGAUCAGAUAACCAGCAGGCAAUGAUACAGCGUAAAGUUCCCAUGUGGCUCUUCCCUCUUGCUUUUCACUCCGAUGACAACAUAAAAUAUUAUGCCUGUCUGGCAAUUGCCACUCUAGUUGCUAACAAGGAAUUAGAAGCAGCUGUUUUACAAUCUGGAACUCUUAAUCUUGUAGAACCAUUUGUCCUAAACCAAAUUCCAGAUCAGUUUGCCAAUUCUACAGUAGCACACCGACAUGGGCAAAGUCAGAGUUGGUUACAAAGACUUCUGCCAGUACUGAGGAGUAAAAGAGAAGAAGCCCGAAAUUUGGCAGCAUUUCACUUCUGCAUGGAAGCAGGUAUUAAAAAACAACAAGGAAACAUUGAGCUCUUCAGGGAAAUUGGUGCUGUUGAGCCCCUUAAAGAAGUUGCUAGUUCUCCUAAUGCCAUUGCCAGCAAAUAUGCAGUACAGGCACUUCGUCUUAUUGGAGAAGAGGUCCCACAUAAAUUAAGCCAACAAGUGCCAUUGUGGACACCUGAAGAUGUAAAAGAAUGGGUCAAGCAAAUUGGAUUUUCACAGCAUGGUGAGGACUUCGUUAGUUCCAGAGUAGAUGGAGAUCUCCUUUUACAGCUCACAGAAGAAAACCUUCGUGAGGAUAUAGGUAUAAAAAAUGGUAUUCUGAGACAACGAUUUUUGAGAGAACUAAGAAAACUGAAACUCCUUGCUGAUUAUUCAUCUUGUGAUUCCACCAGACUUAAUGAGUUUAUGGUAGAAAUUGAUAAAGAAUUUGCUGAGUACACCUACCGCAUGUUGAGAGCAGGAGUCACUCGAGAUUGUCUUAGGUAUCUCUCUGAAGAGCAGCUAAUAACGGAGUGUGGCAUCUACAACUCAAUUCAUCGACAAAGAAUUAGAGAUACAAUAUUAAAUGACAGUGGCCAGCUCCAGGAUGCCAAUUCUCUUGAUAAAACCCUGGAUGUUUUUAUCAGCUAUAGACGUUCCAAUGGCUCGCAGUUAGCAAGUUUACUAAAGGUCCACAUGCAGCUAAAAGAGUUCUCCGUAUUCAUUGAUGUGGAACGAUUAGAGGCUGGAAAAUUUGAUAACAAUUUACUAAAUUCAAUUCGACAAGCAAAGAACUUCCUAUUGGUUCUGACACCAAAUGCGCUGGAUAGGUGCAUUGGUGAUACAGAAUGCAAAGAUUGGGUUCACAGGGAAAUUGUGGCAGCUCUGCAGUCUGGAUGUAACAUUAUCCCUAUCAUUGAUAAUUUCCAAUGGCCUGAUCCUGAGGAACUACCAGAAGAUAUGCGAGCAGUUUGUUAUUUCAAUGGCGUAAGAUGGAUUCAUGAUUAUCAGGAUGCGUGUGUAGAUAAAAUGGAAAGGUUCAUGCGUGGAGAAUGUAAUGUUCGUGGGGAUGGCCCUCUUGGACGCUAUGUUAGCAGAAGCGUAGAAGGUGGCAUGGCUACCCCUGGUACACCUUCCACACUGCCUAGAGCACCACCACUGUAUCAGCGCACAACUAGUACCGAGAGUGGUAAAGGAUCAUCAUGUUCAGACAAGGACCCUAAAGACUGACGGGGCGACCCUGCAUUGGUUAAACAUAGAAGAUUAUUAGCCACAAGUAGCCCACGAUCUGCUUCACCUAUGAGGUGGGGUGGUAGAGCAGUCAGCCCAGUACCACGUCUCCCAGUGAGAGGUGCAGCUGGUCGGGGAUUUGGAGCAGUUUCACCUUUACUACCACGUCCACAUCGUCGCACGCUUCCUCCUUCACGCUCAUUAAGUCUUGAUACAGGUUUAGAUACUAAUAAUGCCACUGCAACUGAUCCUGAAACUGCCACUGAUGUGGUAUCCUCAUGUGAACAGUAUCUGCAGCAACAGCAUCAACAACAGUCUGGACAACAGUUGCAGGAGCAGGAGCAGCAGCAACAGCAAACUCAAGGUACUGAGCCUAGGCUUUCACGACGUAGAUUGAGUAGUAUACCUUGCGAGAGUAGUCCAAUUGCUGAAGAAUGUGGAACUGAGGAAGAACUGGGCCAACCAUCAUCCAACGAGGAUGUUAGAGGUAGUAGAGACUUAACACUUCCUUUAGAGUCCUCCCGGUCCUCCAUCACAUCUUCAAGACGUUCUUCUGUUACUUCUGCUGAUGAUAUCAGUCGAAAAUCCUCAUUCGUUAAUAAGUGUAUGACACGAGUUAGAGGCUUAAUCAAGAAAUGAAGUGUUCUUGGACAUUCUGAUUUCAGACUGUGGAUUGUGCCUGUGGUAAAAGCUCUGUGGUGCUUGUGGUAAAAGUGCUGUGAGGUCAAUGUCGACAUGCCUCACAUUGCGAGAGGACAUAGUAUAACCAGUGCAGGGAGUUGAGAUCCUCUGUGCCAGGUGUUGGGACCAUUAGGGCCUGAGAACUUUAAGGUCACCCACUUGGCUCAGGUUAUGUUCAGGUUAUUUACCAUUGUGAUCCCAACUACUAUAAUGCCAAACCCAUUAAACAUUAUGACAAUGAAAAUAUGGACAUAUUUGACAAAAGAAACAAAAAUACUAAUAGCUAAAUCCUGUGACUUGCAGUGUAGUUGCCUUCAAAAUUAAUCCUGCCAUAUUUGUUUUAAGUAGCAGCCAAUGAUCUACUCGGCAACAAAAUUGCAAUUUAUUAAAUACAAAUGUAAUGCAUUUACUCUUCCUAGUUUUCUCACGUUUUCACAUAAGUUUCAUGUCAAUUUAAGUAAUUAAUAUCUAUUAAAACUUCUAAAAUGUUAUAUUGUGUAGCAUUUAAUGGCAACUUUGGCAUUUUGUAAUAUGAACUCUUAAUGCCAUAAAGUAUUUGGUAUAAAGAAUUAUAUUGUCAAGGAUAAUUUUAAUAUAAAUUGUAUAUAUAUAUAAAUAUGAUAUUUAUUAAUAACAUUUUGAACAUUUUGAGGUUUUAAGAAUCUUUUUGUAUUAAAUUUGUAAAUUUUAGUGCAUUUUAAAUAUUGGUAGGUCACAGAAUCAACAUCCUUAAACAACUCAUUUUCUGAAAAUAUUAAGGAUUUUUAUGAUGUACAAUAUUGUAACAUAAUAUAGAUAUAUUGAACAUUUGUAACCAUACUAAUGUUCAGUUCUUUAGUCAUUUUGUCCAGUAGAUCUUGUAAAACUUUUAUAGUGAAAAAAUCAUAGAGAUUUUUAUUCCACAUUGAAGAGUUCCAAAGAAUAACCUCUUCAUUUACAGAAACAAAUUAUUGUUUAUCCACUGUAAAUGUCUUAGUCAUGGUGUUAUUUUUAGGUUUUAUCGGUGUUAGGAUUUCAUUUACAGUGAAUCCUUUUACUUGUAUUUCCGAGCCGGUGAUCAUUUGUCAUUGUAAAUAGAAAGUUGGCAACUAACGUGUAAGUUUGAGAUUUAUUAUUUUUACACGCAGUACCCUGGAGCUUAAAUAAAUACUAUUUAAGUAAUGUA